AUGGAGACCGCGAAGAAGGAGUUAUGCUUGUCUAGGGGCGACAGGAUUGUCGCUUUGCCUGCAAAAACGAUCAGUCCGGGCGAGAUGGAGCGCGGUCUCGGUAGUAGAGGUCUCGGAACGGCUGUUGAGCCUUCAGAAAAGAACAAAACCUUAUUAGGUUCGCAGCAUGGCUUUAGGAGAGGCAGGUCAAUACUGACUCAAAUGCAGGAGUCAAUGAAUGAUUGGACGAUCGCACUGGAUGAUAAGAAGGAAGUACUCGUAAUUUACUUCAAGUUCCGUAAAGCUUUCGAUAAGGUUAAUCACUCCAAGCUUUCGAUGAAACUGGAGCAUGUGGGUAUCCAUGAUAAGAUUGUCCGAUGGGUUGAGUGA